CUCCCGCCCGCUCACCUACGGACUCAAUUGCGGAUAAUAUAUCUGAGGUUAUUACUACCGCAAAUCGGUCAUUCAAUCUAUUAUUGAACUUUACCUCUGAUACUAUAUAUAAUCGCCACUAUAAAUACAGUAUGCCGAAACGACCUGAUUACUACAAAAUUCUGGGUGUGUCCCCUAACGCAACUCAACGGGAAAUUCGCAAUGCAUAUAAAAGGGAAUCUUUGAAAUCGCACCCUGACCGCGUACCCGCUGACUCUCCUGAGCGACCUGCCCGAACGCGCAAGUUUCAGGAUAUCAGUGAUGCCUACUAUACCCUUUCAGACGAGUCACGACGGCGGGAGUAUGAUGCAACAAGGUCAGGAGUCGAAGAAGAAGAACUUGAGGAUGAAGUACCGCUAGGUGGCGCUGGGGGCUUCCCAUGGUCUUCAUUCGGGUUUGGCACGAGCGAUCGUGAACAACGUGCCUCAGAGCAAUUUAGCUCAGUGUUUGAAGAGAUGCUACGCGAGGAGGGCCUUGCUAGUGAUGAUGUUGAUGCUGAGGGUCAUCGGCGCACUCGACCUACAUCCCGCUUUUGGUCUGUUGUUGGUGGGAUAAGUGGUGGUGCACUUGGGUUCAUUGUUGCCAAUGUUGCCGGUGCUUUUGCCGGGGCAGUUGCAGGAAAUCGACUCGGUGCUGUUCGUGAUGCGAAAGGCAAAAGCGUCUACGAAGUCUUUCUAGAUCUUCCACGGAGUGAUCGCACCAGGUUGUUAAGCGAACUAGCAGCUAAGGUCUUUCAGUCUACUGUAGGACGAUAACUAGCAGUCAUGUUAUCAUUUUCACCUACCCAGGCUAGGGGUCAGUGGCUUGUUAAGUAUGAGUGGUACAGGUUUAAGAUUCGCGCUAUUACUUUCUAGCGACAAUAUCACUGAAGUUUUUAGUCAUUUAGUUGGAGUACUAUCUUUAUAGCAUAUAUGAGUAA